AGGAGCAGACUACAAGAAUGGCACAUGCUAUGGAAAACUCCUGGACAAUCAGUGAAGAGUACCAUAUUGAUGAAGAAGUGGGCUUCGCUCUGCCAAAUCCACAGGAAAAUCUACCUGAUUUUUAUAAUGACUGGAUGUUCAUUGCUAAACAUCUGCCUGAUCUCAUAGAGUCUGGCCAACUUCGAGAAAGAGUUGAGAAGUUAGACAUGCUCAGCAUUGAUCAUCUCACAGACCACAAGUCACAGCGCCUUGCACAUCUAGUUCUGGGAUGCAUCACCAUGGCAUAUGUGUGGGAUAAAGGUCAUGGAGAUGUCCGUAAGGUCUUGCCAAGAAAUAUUGCUGUUCCUUACUGCCAACUCUCCAAGAAACUGGGCCUGCCUCCUAUUCUGGUUUAUGCAGACUGUGUCUUGGCAAACUGGAAGAAAAAGGAUCCUAAUAAGCCCCUGACUUAUGAGAACAUGGACGUUUUGUUCUCCUUUCGUGAUGGAGACUGCAGUAAAGGAUUCUUCCUGGUUUCUCUAUUGGUGGAAAUAGCAGCUGCUUCUGCUAUCAAAGAAAUUCCUACUGUAUUCAGGGCAAUGCAAUUGCAAGAACGGGACACUCUGCUAAAGGCACUGUUGGAAAUAGCUUCUUGCCUGGAGAAAGCCCGUCAAGUGUUUCAGCAAAUGCACGAUCACGUAAACCCAAAUGCAUUUUACAGUGUUCUUCGCAUAUAUUUGGCUGGCUGGAAAGGCAACCCCCAGCUAUCAGACGGUCUGGUGUAUGAGGGGUUCUGGGAAGGCCCAAAGAAGUUUGCAGGGGGCAGCGCAGCACAAAGCAGCAUCUUUCAGUGCUUUGACGUCCUGCUGGGCAUCCAACAGAAUGCUGGUGGAGGACAUGCUGCUCAGUUCCUCCAGGACAUGAGAACAUAUAUGCCACCAGCUCACAGGAACUUCCUGUACUCAUUAGAGUCAAGUCCCUCAGUCCGUGAGUUUGUCCUUUCAAAAGGUGAUGCUGGCCUGCGGGAAGCUUAUGAUGCCUGUGUGAAAGCUCUGGUCUCCCUGAGGAGCUACCAUCUGCAAAUCGUGACUAAGUACAUCCUGAUUCCUGCAAGCCAGCAGCCAAAGGAAAACAAGACCUCUGAAGACCCUUCAAAACUGGAUGCCAAAGGAACUGGAGGCACUGAUUUAAUGGAAUUCCUAAAGACUGUGAGAAGUACAACCGAGAAAUACCGUUUGAAGGAAGGUUAACGUAACCCAACAAGAGCACAUUUUAUCAUAGCAGAGACAUCUGCAUAUAUUCCUGUCAUUACCCAUUGUAACAGAGCCACAAACUAAUACUAUGCAGUGCUUUGCCAAUAAUGCAAUACAAAAGACCUCAAAAUACCUGUGCAUUUCUUGUAGGAAAACAACA